AGCGCUCGCAGGAGAGGCGCGACAGAUUCGGGAUUUUAUUUCCACUCAAGAAAUAGGAGGAUGGUGAUCAGCUGUAGCAUUAUUUUUCGGUAGUGGGGUUAACCACUUGGCGAUAUGGCAGCAUAAAGUACAAGAACAAAGAAAUUUGCUUGCACAUUUAGAUACGUACAAAAUGUUGUGUGCUGGGAAAAAAUCUUACUUUGCUGCUGCUGUGUGCAUUAUUACUGUAACUUCAAUGCUCACAGUUUCUUAUGUGAGGUUACAGACAUUUUCUCAUCAGCCAAAAGUAAUUCAAGAAGGUAGAAGAUGUAGAGGGAAAAUUGCCAAUAGCACAAUAACAGCACUAAAAGGUAAUAAAACUUUUAUUAUAUCCCCAUACUUUGAUGACAGAGAAAGCAAAGUCACUCGUCUGAUUGGGAUUGUUCACCAUGAUGAUGUAAAACAACUGUACUGCUGGUUCUGCUGUCAGCCCAAAGGAAAGAUAUAUGUAUCAAAAGCAAAAAUUGAUGUUCACUCAGAUAGAUUUGGAUUCCCUUAUGGUGCAGCAGAUAUAGUUUGUUUGGAACCUGAAAAUUGUGAUCCAACACAUGUAUCAAUUCAUCAAUUUCCACAUGGAAAUAUCGACCAGCUGCCAAGGUUUGAAAUUAAAAACCGCAAGGCUGAGACCUUUUCUGUUGACUUCACUGUGUGCAUUUCUACCAUGUUUGGAAACUACAACAAUGUCUUGCAGUUUAUACAGAGUAUGGAAAUGUACAAGAUUCUUGGAGUACAGAAAGUGGUGAUCUAUAAAAACAACUGCAGCCAUCUGAUGGAGAAAGUCUUGAAGUUUUAUAUAGAAGAAGGUACUGUUGAGAUAAUUCCCUGGCCAAUAAACUCACACCUCAGGGUUUCUUCUAAAUGGCACUUCAUGCAAGAUGGAAUGCAUAUUGGCUAUUAUGGACAAAUCACAGCUCUAAAUGACUGUGUAUACCGUAACAUGGAAAGGAGCAAGUUUGUGGUCCUUAAUGAUGCUGAUGAAAUAAUUCUUCCCCUUAAACACCCAGACUGGAAAACAAUGAUGAACAGUCUUCAGGAACAAAACCCGGGGACUAGUGUUUUUCUCUUUGAGAACCAUAUCUUCCCAGAAACCGUAUCUUCUCACAUGUUCAACAUUUCAUCUUGGAAUGCUGUGCCAGGUGUUAACAUAUUACAGCAUGUAUACAGAGAGCCUGACAGGAAAGAUGUAAUCAAUCCCAGGAAAAUGAUAGUUGAUCCACGAAAGGUGAUUCAGACUUCAGUCCAUUCUGUCCUACAUGCUUAUGGGAACAGUGUGAAUGUUCCCAUGGAUGUUGCCCUCAUUUACCACUGUCGUAAGGCCCUUCAAAGAGACCUUCCCAGAAAAUCUCUCAUCAGGGAUACAACACUGUGGAGAUACAACUCAUCAUUAAUCAUGAAUGUUAACAAAGUGCUAUCUCAAACCAUGCUGCGACCUCAAAAGUGAAGCCUCGGUUAUAAGGAGUGAAAAUGGAACGCUUACCUCUAUUGUGGGAAGACAGAGGACAUAACUUAAAGAUCACAUGAAAUUGAUUUCCACAUGGAGUUUACAU